AUGCAGCCGUCAGGACAAGCUGCGCGGUUCCCAGCCUCCCUGCCGGACUCAGCCCGGGCACCGCCGCCUCCCAGCCGUCGCCCGGCAACCACUGCUGAGUGGGGCGAGGGGGUGGUCCAGAACUGCAGGGCGUUUCAGAGCGGCGGAGCAGACGAGGGGACCUCCAGGUCAGAGAGAGGGGAGCUUCUAGCCUGGGGCGAAGAGUCAGGAGCGGAGGGGACUCCAGGCCAGAGUGGUGGGAAGUGUGCUCCGAGAAAGGAACUGGCGGGGAAGCCAGUGCAACAGCAAGUCCGCUGGGUCUUGGGGGACACACUUAGGAUGCUCGUGCCAGUACUCCUCGUCCUCUCCUUCUGCCUCAGGGGGCGUGCAGGCCUGGCACCCCACUUUCUGCAACAGCCAGAGGACCAGGUAGUUCUGUUGGGAGACGAGGCCCGGCUGCCCUGUGCCCUGGGCGCCUACCGGGGACUGGUUCAGUGGACUAAGGACGGGCUGGCUCUAGGGGGCGAAAGGGAUCUUCCAGGCUGGUCCCGGUACUGGAUAUCAGGGAAUGCAGCGAGUGGCCAGCACGACCUCCACAUUAGACCCGUGGAGCUAGAGGAUCAAGCAUCAUAUGAAUGUCAAGCGACACAAGCCGGCCUCCGCUCUCGACCAGCCCGACUGCAUGUGCUGGUGCCUCCAGAACCCCCCCAGGUGCUGGGCGGCCCCUCUGUGUCUCUGGUUGCUGGGGUUCCUGCGAAUCUGACCUGUCGGAGCCGUGGUGAUGCCCACCCUACCCCUGAGCUGCUGUGGUUUCGAGAUGGGGUCCGGCUGGACGGGGCCAUCUUCCGCCAGACCCCUUUGAAGGAAGGAACCAUCGGGUCAGUGGAGAGCAUCUUGUCUUUGACCCCUUCCAGCCAUGAUGAUGGAGCCACCUUGGUUUGCCGGGCCCGGAGCCAGGCCCUGCCUGCAGGGAAGGACACAGCUGUCACACUAAGCCUGCAGUACCCCCCAGUGGUUACUCUGUCUGCAGAACCACAGACAGUGCAGGAGGGAGAGAAGGUCACUUUCCUAUGCCAGGCCACAGCCCAGCCUCCUGUCACUGGCUAUAGAUGGGCAAAGGGGGGCUCCCCGGUGCUCGGGGCCCGCGGGCCAAUGCUGGAAAUAGUGGCUGACGCUUCAUUCCUGACUGCACCGGUGUCCUGCGAGGUCAGCAAUGCAGUGGGUAGCGCCAACCGCAGCACAGCGCUGGACGUGCAGUUUGGGCCGAUUCUACAGGCAAAGCCGAAACCCUUGUCGGUGGACGUAGGAGAAGACGCCUCCUUCAGCUGUGUCUGGCGCGGGAAUCCGCUCCCACGGGUAACCUGGACCCGCCGCAGGGACGCACAGGUGCUGGCCUCCGGGCCCACGCUGCGUCUUCCCGCGGUGGGGCCCGAGGAUGCAGGCGACUACGUGUGCAGGGCCGAGCCGGGGCUCUCGGGCCAGGGCGGUGGCGCUGCGGAAGCUAGGCUGACUGUGAACGCUCCCCCAGUAGUGACCGCUCUGCACUCUGCGCCCGCCUUCCUGAGGGGCCCCGCCCGCCUCCAGUGUCUAGUCUUCGCUUCCCCCGCCCCAGAAGCCGUGGUCUGGUCUUGGGAUGAGGGCUUCCUGACGGCGGGGUCACGGGGUCGGUUCCUGGUGGAGAACUUCCCAGCCCCAGAGGGCCUUGCGGGACAGGGUCCAGGCCUGAUCUCUGUGCUACACAUUUCGGGGACCCAGGAGUCCGACUUUCACAGGGGCUUCAACUGCACUGCCCGGAACCGAUUGGGUGAGGGAGGCACCCAGGUCAGCCUGGGCCGUAGAGACUUGCUGCCCACUGUGCGGAUUGUGGCCGGAGUGGCCGCCGUGGCCACGACUCUCCUUAUGAUCAUCACUGGGGUGGCCCUCUGCUGCUGGCGCCACGGCAGGGGUCAGUCCUCUUUCUCCAAGCAAAAGAACCUGGUGCGAAUCCCAGGGAGCAACGAUGGCUCCAGUUCCAGGGGCCCCGAGGAGGAGACAGGCAGCAGCAAAGAUCAGGGCCCCAUCGUGCACACAGACCACAGUGACCUGGUUCUAGAUGAGGAGGGGGCUCUGGAGACCAAGGACCCAACCAAUGGUUACUACAAGGUCCGAGGAGUCAGUCCACCCACGUCUCCAGACUCAUGUGUGACAUCUCUCCCGCUGAAGAGUCCUGGGAUCUUCAACUAG